AUGUCACCUCUCUGGCGGUGUGAAAGCCUGUUGAGGAUUUUGGCAUUCUUAGAACCCAGCUGUAUCGAAGAAGCGAUUUUCGAAGAGUGGGUAUUGCCUCUCCCAGCUCAAGAUCUUCUCGGAGAGUCAAGCGAGUACAAAUCAGCCCGUACAACGCUCCUCCAGGCAUCCCUCAUUGAGCACAAUGAAGAGGACAACACAAUAACCGUCAAUUCCCUGGUCCAAACUGCAGUCAAAGCACAACUGAGUGCCGAAGACACUGCAAAUAUCUUCUGGAAUACCGUCUGUAAUCUCGCAAUACAAUGGCCGUCAGCAAGAGAAGCCCCCUCCAAGAAGACGAUACAGAGCACACCGCCAAAGACGCAUUCCGUUUGCGAAUGGCCCAAACGUGAAAUGUUGUACCACCACGUUUUACAACUAAAGGAGACGUGGGAGAACAGGUUCAAAGACGAGUCGACAACCUAUGAUAUACAAUGGGCAGGGCUUCUCGCUGACGCAGCAUGGUGGCGAUUCGAGCGUGGAUAUGCAUGCAAAUUUGAUGAUCUCUACGGUGCAGCUGUCAAGAUCUGUGACAGAAGCGAUGAUCCAGACAAGGAACCUCUGAUGGUCGACAUGUGUCUCGGUAUCGCUGCUAUUGCAGCGGAAACCAACGCCCACCCCUCCAGCAGAAAGCUCAAAUCACAGGCGCUAGAUCUUCAGCUAAAAUACCUCGACGGUACUAAGAUCGAAGAUUCCCGCCUUUCUCGAUGCUAUGUCGAGCUAGCAAUCGCUUUGAUACAGGAUCGAGAGUAUGACAACGCGAUCCCAAUGUUGUGGCGAGGGGUGGACAUCAAGACUCAUCUAGGAUUAUUCAGCGCACUUGCUUAUGCAAAUCUAGGACUUGUCCACAUAUUUCAAGGUAAGUACGACGCUGCGGAGGAUAUCCUGAGCUUCGCUCUAUCCAUGCAGGAAAAGUCUUUUGGCAAGAUGGACAGUGUUUCCUUUCGAACGGGUCGAGUACUCUACGCUUACGGGAAUCUUCGAGCUGCUCAAGGACGUUUCGUGGAAAGUCUUACGUAUCAUCAAUGGGCCCUCAAACAAUUCCGCUCUACUAUUGGUGAUAGUCACCAUCGUACCGCAGAUAUAUGUCACAAGGUGGCGGAAGAUCUCAUCCGAUUUGAAUGCUACAAGGAUGCUAUGUCGAUGAUUGACCAAGCACUUGAGACCUGGGGCCUCGAUCCUGGCGUAUACCAGCCAGAAAUCGCGCGUACGACCUAUCUCAAGGGCCAGCUACUAAAGGUCUUGAAGGAAGACGAGGAGGCAGACAGACUGAUUGAGAAAGCGACUGCUAUUCUGACAGCUACAGCUUCGUACCAUGGCACGAGCGGAUCUCAAGCAGACGCACUACCUAGCUCAAAAGACUUUGAUAGCCUCGUUACAUUUUGGUCACGAUAA